AUGAUGGCGACGUUCCAAAUCCUCUCGUUCGCAGCUCUUUGGCAUGCAUCGUCUGCGUUACUUGUCGCAGACGGGUCAACAUGCGAGACGCAGUGCGGUAAUGUACUUAGUUCAACAACAGACGAUAUGAUAGUCUGCGAGGAUUCAGCAUACAGCGUCACAUCAUCAGGCCAAGUCUACCAAUCUUGUAUCGGCUGCGAGUCAAGGAGUUCGUUUGCAACACCAAACGGGGCACAAAACAAGUCUGACUUACAAUAUAUGCUCUAUAAUAUGCGAUAUGCUGUCAACGUAUGUUUAUUCGACGCUGGAACAAGCCCAUGUGUUACUUCCAGCUUCGCUUGCGGUAACAUCGAACAAGCGAUCAAGUACGGCAAUCUUACAUCUAGUAGCUCGAUAUAUGGCUACUGUGAUAGGUGGACGGACUAUAACCUUGACAAAUGUCACUCUUGCUUGACCUCUUCGCCCAAUAGCAACUACCUUAGCAACUAUAUAUCGAUCUUAGAUGGCGCUUGCAGACUUAGACUUGAGCCACCAGCUACCCUUCCCUUGCAGGGUAACAUCUUUUCUACGGACGUCGUGAAUGUGACGGAUCCUACGCCUACAGCCACAUUCUCUCCUCCAGGGUUAAAAGGCCCCUUGGACUCCGGUGCUAUUGCUGGUAUCGUCGUUGGUGGCCUCGCCGUUCUUCUUACCAUCGUCGGAUGUGGUAUCAUUAUCAAUGGCAAGCGCCGGAGAAAGGCGUACCUCCGCCGUCGGGAGCAAACCACAAAGAACUGGCCCUCAACUCAAGGCGGUGGUGAGAUGUUCGAGACACCCAUUAGCCAGAAGCCUCUUCGGGGCUGGCAAGACUCGCCCAUUAGUGCAUCGACCCAGACUGCCUUCACACCCUACUUCUCGCCUUACUCCUCUCAAUAUAAUAGUCCCGUCAGCGGGGUCGAAGGCCCUAACAUGGCAUGGCCAAUAGAGAAGUCUGAUAACAUCGGUAUUGCAAUAAGCCCGGACCGUGAGGCCUACUCGCCAUGGAGUGAUAAGAAGGGCAAGGAAAAGGUUGAAAGUGUGAGAGAUGACGGUUACGAACUACAAGAGGGCGUGAAUAGUGCCGGCGGUUAUGAAAAUAGGAUUCAACCCUCGCACGCCUAUAACCCGCCUUUGCUAAACCAUCCCGGUUACGGGAGGCGCAGUACGGGAUCUCAGGAAAGCCCGCGAGAGUAA